CGAUUUUAGAGCUGUGUCUUAUCAGGUGCAAAGCAACCCACUAACGCCGUCGCCUCACCAGUGAUACAGUGAUACAGCCUGACACGCUGGGCAGGUGCCUGGUUAGUUGUUACUCAUCAUUCGAGGCAUUCAGUCGGUCAGUUGGAACCUCACAAAGUGAAAACAAAUUGAAUUAUAAAAUAUAUAGUAAGCCGCCAGAGUGAUGGACGUGGAGUUGCGCGAACUUAUGCAAGCCUUUGUGCUCAGCGACUAUCAGGUGCAAGAGGUGUACAGUCGCUUCUGCCUCGAGAUCGCCAAGGGCUUAAGACGCUCGACAAACUCGCAGUCGAAUACCAAAUGCUUUCCCACCUAUGUGCAAGAGUUGCCUACUGGCGAUGAGAUGGGCAAGUAUCUGGCCUUGGAUUUGGGUGGCACCAACUUUCGUGUGCUGCUCGUCUCACUCAAAGGUCAUCACGAUGCCACGGUGGAAUCACAGAUCUAUGCAGUGCCCAAGGACUUGAUGAUUGGACCUGGUGUGGAGCUCUUCGAUCACAUUGCCGAGUGUUUGGCCAAGUUUGUCCACAAGCACAACAUGAGCAGCGCUUAUCUGCCGCUGGGAUUCACCUUCUCGUUUCCCUGCGUCCAAGCGGGUCUUAAGGAGGCAAUGCUCACGCGUUGGACCAAAGGCUUCGGCUGCCCCGGCGUCGAGGGCGAGGAUGUGGGUCGCAUGCUGCACGAGGCCAUUAGACGACGUGGCGAUGCGGAUAUUGCAGUCGUGGCCUUGCUCAAUGACACAACGGGAACACUCAUGUCUUGUGCGCAUCGCAAUCCCGAGUGCCGUGUGGGCGUUAUUGUGGGCACGGGAUGCAAUGCCUGCUAUGUGGAGCAUGUAGACAACGUGGAUCUAUUGGAUGCGCAAUUCAAGCGUAAGGAGAAGCAGAUCAUUGUCAACUGCGAGUGGGGCGCCUUUGGUGAGAGUGGACAGCUGGACUUUGUGCGCACAGAGUACGACAACGAGGUGGAUCGCAAGUCCAUUAACCGUGCCCAGCAGCUGUUCGAGAAGAUGACUUCAGGCAUGUAUCUGGGCGAGCUGGUGCGUCUCGUUUUGGUGCGCGCUCUCGAGCGGAAUGCAAUCUUUAAAGGCGCCGGCAACAGACGCGCUGAGUACGCCGCGAUUCUUCAGCAUAAUAUUGAUAUCUUCGAGACGAAGCAUAUUUCGGAAAUCGAGAGUGAUACAUUCCCUGAACUCGCAAACACCAGACGCAUCAUCAAGCAGCUGUUCGGUAUAGAAAAGGCUUCCGUUGAGGAUUGCCAGAAGCUGAGAUACAUUUGUGAGUGCAUCUCGAGCCGAGCAGCGACACUGGUGGCGAUUGGAAUCAGUGGAUUAAUCAAUCGCAUCGCUGAUCGCAAGGUAGUUGUGGGCAUCGAUGGAUCUGUGUAUCGAUAUCAUCCUAAGUUUGAUACCUACAUACGCAAUACUAUGCAUAAGCUGGUCAAAUCGGACAAAGAAUUCGAUAUUAUGCUGUCCGAGGACGGUUCGGGACGUGGAGCAGCUUUGGUGGCAGCUGUUGCCAGCAAAACCAAAUGAAUUGUGCUUAUACUUAAUAAAAUGAUUACUUGUUUUUUCUUUCA